GCUGCCCGCACCUGCCCCAGCCCGUCUCGCAGCCCCCCUGGCACCGAGCGGGGCUGGCAGCGCCCCUGUGCCGCUCUGUGCCUUGCUCCGGCCGGCGGGAGGGAGCGGCGUCUCGCCCCGGAUCUCAGCAUGGCUGGCGCCGGGGCGCCGGGCACCCAGGACCCUGAAGGCGCUGGGACAUGCCCGGAGGAUGUCCCCUCCCUCAAGGAAAUAGAGCAGCUCCUGAACACUGGGCGGCCCUCUUGCAAUCACGUUGAUGAAGUAUGGCCUAAUCUCUUCUUAGGGGACCUAGUAACAGCAAACAAUAGAUUUGUUUUGUGGAAGAUGGGUGUGACCCAUGUUUUAAAUGCUGCCCAUGGCACAUCAUACAGCCACGGAGGCCAGGACUUUUAUGGAGCAACCAUUGAUUAUUAUGGUGUACCCGCCCAUGACCUGCCAAGCUUUGAUAUCAGCCAGUUCUUUUUCUCUGCUGCACAAUUUAUCCACAAUGCCUUGAACACACCAGGAGCCAAAAUAUUGGUACACUGUGCAGUUGGAGUAAGCAGAUCAGCUUCUCUAGUCUUAGCAUAUCUCAUGAUAAAUCACCACCUCCCGUUACUUGAAGCCAUCAAGACAGUGAAGGAGCAUCGAUGGAUUUCACCCAACCGUGGUUUUCUGAAGCACCUGCGAAACCUGGAUGCUCAGCUACGGCAGAGGAAGGACUGGAACAAAGGAAGGACUGCUGAACAGGCAACCCCAUCUACAUUCACUUGAGUGAGUUUCAUCCUUCAGAACAGCUGUGCACAUACAACUUCCCAUGAUCAGUGCACAUUACAAAAAUGAAGACAAUUAUGCAUAGACAUAAAUGGCCAAGAGAAUGAUAAAUGGAUUAAUUCUGAUAGCUCAGUUCCUCCAAAACCAGCACAGCCAACAGCAGCACCAUUACCACUGCACAGGGUGGAACUGCUGUGCCUUGAGUGGUCCUACUGGAUGAAUCCA